ACAUAAACUAAUUCCUUCAGUUUAUGCAGUAUUAGAUAUACAAGAAGGUAAAUAUAGACAAGCUGAAGCAAUAACAUAUUCAGGUCCAACGUUCAUAAGAAUUUGUAGCGGCAAACAUGAUAGUAGUACUGCUUACUCUCAUGGCAAAGACUUCGAUAACCUGAUGGUUGAGGAGAAAUUACACAACUUUACUACGACGGACAGCCAACCUAAACCUGUAGUGGUAAUGAUAAAUGAUAGUGGACCUGACGAGAAUUCACACUAUAGAAAAACAGUUCAGAUGAUAGUAAAUCAAUUUAUUAAGUAUGAUCUUGAUACCAUCAUCAUGGCAUGCUAUGCACCACACCAGAGUGCAUCCAACCCAGUAGAAAGACGAAUGGCGCCCUUAAGCCAUGACUUAGCUGGUAUAAUCCUUCCACAUAAUACUUUUGGAUCACAUUUGAAUGCACAGUUAAAGACAAGUGAUGAGGAAUUAGAAAAAUGCAAUUUCAAAAACCUUCCGAAGAAUCCUACUGCCCAAAUGAAAAAUCAGCAGCUUGGAUGGAAAAACAUAAUCAAACAGGUCCUUCUAAAUUGCUUUUUUCCACCACCACUUCUGCUCCAACAGAAGCUUCAUAGUAUUUGCAUAGCAAGCAUGGGCAUAUCCGAUAAUACAACUUACUUUGGCAGCUUACUUCUCUCUGUAUUAAUGGAAGGAAAAUUAACUCCUCCAGGCAUAGAUCUAAAGUAUUUCACCUUUGAUUGGUAUUGCCCAACUAUCAAUAAAUCAAUUAAUGAAUACCUUUGCUCUUAUUGUAAUCGAUAUUAUGCUUUAAAAGGAUCUUUGAAAAUCUAUACUAAAAAAUGUGAUGAAGAAGUGGUACAGGAAGAUUUCUAUCCUCAGCAAGUGCAAAUUCAAGAAAAUUUGAUUGCAAAUAGAGUAUUAAUAGUUGACUGGGAUAUUUGGAAGAAAU